UAACUUUUUCUGCUUCCCAAGCGUCUCGAAAUCUGAAUCCAGAGAUUAAACAAAAAUUGGUAUUGCGAAUGAUCGAUUCUUCUUCCUCUAAACUCUGAUUCCUGGUGAAUUCAUCUGUUUCUUCUUUCUCGAUUGUGUAUAUUCUCAGCAUGAGAUUAGGCUUCAUUCUGAAAGAACGGAUUUUUCUAGGGUUUGAGUUUCGGCAUCUUUCAGUGAUGUGAAGUUGGUGUUUGCUAUUGCGUCUUAGUUUCUGAACUAUUGCUGCGAACGGACUUGCUUUGACACAGCAGACCGUAAAUCGGGAUGGGUGCUCCUAAGCAGAAAUGGACUCAAGAAGAAGAGUCAGCUUUAAAGUCUGGAGUUAUAAAGCAUGGACCUGGUAAAUGGCGCACAAUUCUCAAAGAUCCUGAAUUUAGCGGAGUCUUGUACCUGCGUUCCAAUGUUGAUCUUAAGGACAAAUGGAGAAACAUGAGUGUCAUGGCAAAUGGCUGGGGAUCGCGCGAAAAGUCUAGGUUAGCUGUUAAAAGGACGUUCUCCCUUCCUAAACAGGAAGAGAACUCACUAGCCCUAACCAAUUCUUUGCAAAGUGAUGAAGAAAAUGUGGAUGCGACCUCUGGACUCCAAGUUUCUUCUAAUCCUCCUCCAAGGAGACCUAAUGUAAGGUUGGAUAGCCUUAUAAUGGAAGCAAUAGCUACCCUGAAAGAACCUGGUGGCUGUAACAAAACAACAAUUGGUGCCUACAUUGAGGAUCAAUAUCAUGCUCCACCAGACUUCAAACGCUUGUUGUCUACCAAGCUAAAGUACUUGACAUCUUGCGGGAAACUUGUGAAGGUUAAACGUAAGUACAGAAUUCCAAACUCCACUCCCUUGUCUUCCCACAGGAGAAAAGGUCUGGGGGUGUUUGGAGGAAAACAGAGGACUUCUUCUUUGCCUUCACCUAAAACAGACAUAGAUGAAGUGAAUUUUCAGACAAGGUCACAGAUUGAUACAGAGAUAGCCAGAAUGAAGAGUAUGAACGUACAUGAGGCGGCAGCAGUUGCAGCACAGGCAGUAGCAGAGGCAGAAGCUGCCAUGGCAGAGGCUGAGGAAGCUGCAAAGGAAGCGGAGGCAGCAGAAGCCGAAGCAGAAGCAGCUCAAGCUUUCGCUGAGGAAGCUUCAAAGACAUUGAAAGGAAGAAACAUCUGCAAAAUGAUGAUCCGUGCCUGAGGUAAUGGAAAGCGAGAGAAGAAGGAGACUAAAUGUGAAGAGAGAGUAGAGAGAAGCCUAGUGUUUGUGUUGAUCAUUCUCUUUACUUGGGAAGUUGUUUUUUAGUAGUAAGCAAUCAAAUAUGUUUGUCAGUAUGUCGUCGCUCUGACUCUUUUGAUUCCUGCACAACUUUUGGGAAAAAAUGUUUUAUUUGGCUCUUCUCACUCUCCAAUAUACAUACAACUAUCGUUAGUAAUGUGUAUAAUUUAUAGACCGAUCUAUCUAUGCACUAUCAUGCUUAUCGCCAAUGAGCAUUUUGAUUAUGUAUGUAUUAUCAAUUAAUAG